GUAUAGAACAGUUACCGACACGAUGCGGUUACGAUUGCGUGCAGUCGCAAUUUAAUCGGUUUUCGUAAAUGAAACUGUACGAGUGCAAUGCGCGAUUCGUACGGGACAAAGUUAAAUUCGUCGGAAAUCGCAAGAUAUCAACCGGCCGAGUUUCCGUCAUUCUAAAACCCGUUAACCGCGAACCCUUUUCUUACGGAUACACCCUUCCUUCUUUGAACGCGGUGAAUUUUAUGAUUUUUUUUCUCAGUUUUCAUUCGUUUACGUUGAUAAAAUGUGAAUUUUUACGCGAGUUUUUAAUAGGACAAUGCCCUUUCAAGUUUCAAGCAUUUGAAAUCUCUCAAUAUUAGCAGUUCUUAGAGGGAUUCUCUUUAUAAAGAAAUCAUCGUCAAUAUGGCGUUGUUCCAUUUUAAAAAGCAACGGAUGAAAACGAGCUGAAGAAAAAAUAGAAGAAAUAGAAAAAAUACAUACAAUAAAAGUCUAAAUUAAAAUGGAUCACAGUGUAAAAACGAUGACAUCUCCGGGGGUGAUGUCCCGUUGUUUAAAUCCACAUCGUUUUGAAAACGACGAACUCGAAAUGUUAUACCAACGUUACAUUUGUAAAUUACAACAUUCGAGUGUGACGGCCGUCGUCGGUCUUUUCGUCUUAUUAACGUUCGUUUUGGCAAAUCUCGGCCUUUUCUACGUUCAACCGCCAACACCGCAAGUGGUUUACAACGCGGCCCAUUGUAUCCUGUUUGCGAUCCUCCUGGGAUUCUUACACACGAAACUUAUGCAGGAUGCGUAUCUACUUUGGGUCUGUUACGUUGUCCUGUUCUUUUUGGUUACCUUUUGCGCCUUAGCGCUUCCGGUUUAUCCAUCGAGUCAGGGUAAAGUCGCCGCAGAAGGAACUUGGCACGUCGUUUUCGUUGUUUAUUUGGCUUACGCUAUGAUGCCGUUGAAAACUUGGAUUGCCGGAGUUUUUGGUUUUUUCAUUUGUGGAGCUCAUUUGGGUGUUAGCACUAUUUUGGCGAAAGAAUUUCAACAUUUGAUUUGGCAACAGUUAUCUGCAAACGUAUUGGUCUUCUUUUGUGCAAACGUUGUUGGAAUUUUUAUGCACAAUUUAAUGGAACACGCUCAAAGAAAAGCAUUUCUGGAUACAAGAAAUUGUAUAGCGGCACGUUUAGAAAUGGAAGAUGAAAACGAAAAAUUGGAACGACUUCUCUUAUCGGUGCUUCCGCAACACGUCGCAAUGGAAAUGAAGAAUGAUAUCAUAUCGCCGGUUGAGGGCCAAUUCCAUAAAAUCUACAUUCAAAAACACGAAAAUGUCAGUAUACUUUUUGCGGACAUCGUUGGAUUUACGGUUUUAGCGUCGCAAUGUACCGCCCAAGAAUUAGUCAGACUUUUAAACGAACUUUUUGGACGAUUUGAUCAACUGGCAAAUGAAAAUCAUUGUUUACGGAUCAAAAUUCUGGGCGAUUGUUACUAUUGCGUUUCCGGUUUGCCGGAACCGCGUUCGGAUCACGCUCAUUGCACCGUGGAAAUGGGUUUGGAUAUGAUCGACGCGAUCGCCAGCGUUGUUGAGGCCACCGACGUUCAACUUAACAUGAGGGUCGGUAUUCAUUCCGGACGAGUACUCUGCGGCGUGCUCGGACUUAGGAAAUGGCAAUACGAUGUUUGGUCAAAUGAUGUUACACUUGCCAAUAAUAUGGAAGCCGGCGGAGAACCAGGGCGUGUUCACAUCACCCAAGCCACUCUGGACUAUUUGGGAGGGGAGUAUGAGGUUGAAGCCGGAAUGGGUUCGACUAGGAAUCAAUAUUUAAGGGACCAUUGUGUUACUACUUAUUUUAUUGUUCCACCGGCAAGAAGAAGAAAGCCACUCUUAUUCAACACGCUUCAGGUUCGCUCGGUGAUGGGGCCUGGACAACGUCGGAAGCUGAGCUUCAAGAAUGUUUCGAACGUCGUCGUGCAGUUGCUGCAUUCGAUAAAAUACUCGAUGGAGGUGCCAUUCUCGAACAUCGCGUUGCAAUCUUCGGAUAUUAAGACGGCCAAUGCUAGGAAGGACGCGGUACUAGAUCUGCAACGGAUGCUUCACGCCGAUUCCUCUUCAACGAGUCAAUCAGCAAAUAGCACGGCGGUUGAGAGCAAAGUGCUAGAGUUCAAGAAAAUGCUUCACGGUGAAGAAUCCGGCGAUUUCGAAGCCGGAUGUUCAACGGCCGCUGAGACGGAUAACAAAGUCUCGGAGAAAUUCAAGAGACCCUUCAAGAAGCGUCACCCCAGCGUCUAUCAUCAACCCUCCAAUAGGGUUAACAAGUACUUAACACAAGCCAUUGACGCUCGAAGUGUUGACAGGGAAAAAUCUACGCACGUUAAUUUGUUUACGUUAAAAUUUAAAAAUAGUGAAAAAGAAAAUCAGUAUCAUGAAGAUUUGGAUGUUGGAUAUAGUUCUUCAUUAGCAUGCGCUUUAGUUUUAUUAGUUUUAAUGGGCGCAUUACAAGCCGUAAUUUUACCAAGAACCAUAAUUUUACUUCUUCUAUUUCUGACGGCGUUCGUUUGGAUCUCAGCGGUUCUAAUUUUAUUAUUAGCUGUACGACUGAGAUGGAUUUUAUGGGAUAUUUCACAAAGUUUUGUGCUAAGAUUAGCAAUAACCAUGUUUACCAUUGUUUUAAUUUAUACCGUAGCUCAAGUUAAUGUGUUUACUUGUAUUACAUCAGAACCUUGUAUUAGCCACAAUAUAACUUUGGAUAGUUUCGAAGGUGAUCAUAGAGCUUGCCCGCUUCCUCAAUACAUCGUUUUAUCAUGCGCCCUCGGUUAUUUUGCUGUGGCGUUAUUUUUACGACUUCCAGUACUUUUAAAAGCGUGUUUGUUAUUUGUUAUGUGCACGGUUUAUGUUUUGUUAAUAGAGGUGUCGCAUUCGUAUCUUUUUUAUUGCUACGACCAAAGAAUAGGAGCGAAAAUUCCAACUCACGUAACGAGCGUUGUUCAAGUCUUAAUUUUCGUUUUGGCUGUUUUAAUCCAUGGAAGACAAGUUGAAUGGACGGCUCGACUAGAUUUUUUAUGGCAAGUUCAAGCAAACGAAGAGAAACGUGAAAUGGACGCUCUUCAGCAUUCGAACAAACGGAUUCUUUUUAAUUUACUUCCGGCGCAUGUUGCAACUCAUUUUUUGGAUAACCAAUUUAGAAAUAAUAUGACCACUCUAUCGCAGGAAUUGUACCAUCAAAGUUAUUCAAGAGUUGGCGUGGUUUUUGCUUCGAUAACUAAUUAUCACGAAUUUUACACGGAAUUGGAUGGUAAUAAUCAAGGCGUUGAAUGUUUACGAUUACUUAAUGAAAUUAUCGCCGAUUUCGACGAUUUAUUAAGUGAGGAACGAUUUAAAGCUAUUGAUAAAAUCAAAACGGUUGGUUCUACUUAUAUGGCAGCAGUUGGACUUAUGCCGGAUUCAAGAAUUUUGGACGAAGAUGAAAGUACGGCUGGGUUACAUCUUAGUACGUUGGUCGAAUUUGUUUUUGCCAUGAGAGAUCGGCUUUUGAAUAUUAACGAAAAUAGUUAUAAUAAUUUUAUGUUAAGAGUGGGAAUAAAUAUUGGCCCAGUUGUUGCUGGGGUUAUAGGUGCAAGAAAACCUCAAUAUGAUAUUUGGGGUAACACUGUUAAUGUGGCAAGUCGAAUGGAUUCCACAGGGCUUCCCAACCAUACACAAGUAACAGAAGAAGUUUACCAAGUUUUAAAAGGUUAUCCUUACGAAUUUCAAUGCAGAGGAAAAGUGAAAGUGAAAGGAAAAGGCGAUAUGACCACAUAUUUUUUAAUCGAUCGAAAACAACCAGGUACAAUACGAGUGGAGGAAUUAAACAGUAUGAGAAGUGGAAAUUCAACAACAAUCAAUAAUUUAUAUGGUGGUGUAGCAACACCUUUAGCGCUUUUACAUCACGCGGAAUUAAACGGAAAUCGAAAACAUCAAACCUCAAUGCAAUCGCGGCAAAAUUCAAGGGAGGAUAACUAUUCAGGUAUUAGAAAUGCUAUAAGGUUACCAGCGCUUAGAGAAAAUCACCGUGACGGAUGCGAAAAUGAACCGCUUUUACCACCAUCUUGUGUACUACCAAAGCCGGUGAAAAUGAAAAAAUCGGAUGAUGAAUUACCCGCACCUCCACUUCCGCCUCAUAAAAAUCAUUAUCCAGAUAUGAUGAAAUAUGCACCACCUUGGCCAAGAGGAAAUAAUAACAAUAUUAGUUAUAAUAAUAAAUUAUUAGAAAGCGGAAAUACGAACAAUAAAGUGACCGUUAUGAGUGAGGUUAAACCAUAUUUAAAGCCGUUACCAAAACCCCCCGGAAAAGAAAGCCCGGGGCGCAAUCGAAAACAAAUCAAUAUGAAUGAAAUUUAUGUUAAAACGCCAGAAAAAGGAAACACACCCGAAUUUUUAAGAAAUAAAUUGGGGGUGCAAACGAAAAGUAAUAUUUUACAAAAUCGUAGUCCUUUACACACUCGAAGACAUAGUCCGUUACAAAGACAUUAUUCCGAUGAAAGUAUCGGUGGGGUUUACAACAACGCACCUCAAAGAAUACAUUCAUCAGCUGAUGAAAUUUCUUCUUUGAAUCAUUCUCCAAGUAUAAGUAGUUCCGAUGAAUCUUACAGUAGAACGACGGAUGCUGAUGCUUCACCAUGUGUUUCCCCACCACUUCCAACCGACACUCAACAAUUCCUAUUUCCAUCCGAUAUCCAAGUAAAUCCUUGCUCCUCCCCGGAGAUUUCCCCAAGAGCUUCUUUAGAUUACAUCCCACCAAAUUGCUCAUUACGUAACUCAUCAACAGAACGUACAAAAUGUGUUAAUAAUUUACCGCCUAGUGCUGUACUUGCUUUGGCUAACACCUGUAAUACACUCGGUGGUGAUUCAUCAGCAGUAAUCAGUCCUCCUGUUCUAGAUGGUUCAGAAAGUUGCAAAGGUGAAAGUUGUGCAAGUUUUGAAUUUUCAAGACCCCCACACCAAAAGCCAAUGUUAAUGCUACGAACUUCAAGUGUGAAUGGUGCUGUUCAAAAGAAACAAAUACCAAAAACGUUAGAAAAACAACAUCAAAGAGUUCGUAAUGACAGUGAUUCAAUUUUAGAAUGUAAUAAGCAGUCUUCGAUUAAUUGUAAACGAUCGCCGAGUUUUAAAGAAGCUGAAGAAAUCAGGGAGUUACUUAAAGAAGAUUUUAAAACGUUUAAUAGUGAUAAAUCGACGAAACGCGACGGCUGUUCUCAAACCGAUAAAAAAGAUAUCCGAAGACAUCGAGCCUCACCGUCAUCCUCAUCGAACAAUCAUAAAACAUCACCAAAUUUUAAUCUGAACAAUUUAAAAAUGAGUAAUCUCGAAGAUCAUCACCACCAUCAUCACCCACAUCAAGAAUCAUUCGAAAAGGAAAUUCAAAAAUUAUUAGACGAACAGAAUUUACUGCAAAAUAUCCCGCCAAAGUUAGAAUUGGUUCAGCAGUGUAAAGAUUUGGCUCUUGAACCACUUGUAAGGUACGCACCAAGUAACAAUAACAAUCACCAAGUUGGUUUGGCAGCCAUUCAGGCGCUCGCUUUGGGUCUUCGGGUGAACCCCAGCGGAAGUGUUACACUUCAGUGCAUGUCACCGCCGAGAGGAUCAAGCAGCAAGGAGGGGUCGUUAAAAAGGGCACCAUCACCGGGACCUUCUGAACCGCAUAAGCAGAUUAAAAUAUCACCGUUAGACAGAUGUCAACAAAACGCUGCUUCCAUGACAUUGAGCGACGUAGACUUAGAAAAUAAUGACUGUGAUAUGCAAAUAAGUCGGCCCGUUGUUAUUGCUGAUGAUGAUACCGAUUUAGAAAGUUUUGAGCGAGAUGAAAGGCGAAUGGAAGAAGAAGCGGCUAAGCAUGUGGAUAAAGAACUGGUAAACAUUUUCGGCCGUUUUUUUCGGCCCGCCUCUUCGUAUAAUCUCACUUAUUUAAUAAUACAGGAAGAAGAAGUUAAGCGACUCUUAGAGGAAAAGGUACAGGAAAAAUUAAGAAACAUUGAAAACGGCGAAAAGGAACAACAUCAUACACAAAAAGAAACCGAAAAUAGUCAAUCGGAAUGGAGCGAAGAUGACGAAGCUGAAGGCGCUUCAGAACCAUUAUUAAAUGAUAGAGAAAGUACUGGGUAUACUACUGAUGAUCCGGCUCUAGAAAAUAUUUCUAUGAUUAACGAAACGGGAUUAACAGAUGCUGAAGGUGCUUUAAGUGAUGUAAAUUCAGCUUAUAACGAUCAUAAUCACGAAGGUGACAUGGAUGAUAACACUUCGAUGUCAUCGAGAGCUUCGUCGAGAAUUUUCGAUUCGGAUGCGAUGAUGUCGUUGGAUUCAUUGAGUGCAUUGUACGACUCGGAGUAUGACAAUUGUUAUCGAACGGACGACGAUUUAAACGCGGUACCCGAUUUGGAGCAUCGCUUGAAUUAUUUUUCGAUGCCGCCGUCGAGUGACGUACAUUUGGCAAACAUUCGAUCGAUGAGCGAAAGCAUUACGAGAAACUUUGGGCAACCGCGUAGCGAAACCGAUCCGGACAGUGACGUGUAAUAGUGAGAAUAACCAAGUGAUUUAUACAUCUUUAAUUUUAAUUUCUGGUAAGGAUGAGACAGAUUCAAACAAGAAUAAAUUAAGAAUAUUGUGAGGGGGAAAAAACUUCGAUUUUUAAUGUACUCGAAUAUAUUUAAA